CCGAGGAAGGCUAUACCUGCACCUCCGGAUUUCCCUUCAACUUUUCUGCGCAGAUCAUUGUGUAUUCGUGCUGUUCGCAGUGUCGCAUCCCACGGCCACUUGUAAUGAACUGUUUGCUUACCUGCGUCGGUUCCAUCUCAGCAUGGGAACUGCCGUGUCCAAAAGGAAGAAUUUAAGAAACGAUGCGAUAUCUUCUGUGGCGGCAAAAGUUAGAGCAGCGCGAGCAUUUGGAGAGUACCUGUCCCACACACACCCUGAAAACCCAAACGGAUCAGCUCAUCUGCUGUGUGAAACUUCGGUGGGUCUGGAUCAAGAGAGCGACACGAUUGGCCCCAAGAACAACAACAACGUCCGAUCCUGCGCAGAGGGCUCUGAGGCCGUGCGUGAGCCUGGGCUGUUGAAGUCACCCCUGGCCAUACUCCAACCGCCCCCACCUCCUCCUUCUAUUACCAUCUCUGCCAGAACACCAUCUCGUCUGUCUUUGGAGCACAGUUUCUCGGCUGAAGAGGACCAGCAGAAGUCCGUGGAGUGCACGCUACAGCCAGCGCGGGUCUACACCAUCACGAGCCAGCACAGUAUGUUAAUGAGCAACAAGGAGAGCUUAGAACUGGAUGUGCUCAAAGAAAAAGCAGCGGGUGGAGGUAAAAGCGGUAGCAGUAGUCACUCCAACUUGAUACAACCGUCCAGUUUGCCUUCGUCAAAUUCUUCGUCGCCGCUCCAGUACCCCCAGGCCAGUAGCCGUGGGACCAGCAGUAGCCACCAUCACCAUGGCAACCACCAUCACGGCCUUCACCACCACCAUUCUGUCACAGGGACCAACGCGUCGUUGAGCAGUGGGAGUGGCAACCAGCCUGCCCCGCACCACCACCCCCACCACCACCAUCACCUGUCCCAGCCACCCCUGCACACCUCGGUUAGCGCCCACAACAUCCGUAGCUGGGGUGAGGGGGCCAAGGGUGACUCAGAAGGAUGCAGCGGGUCGUUAGUGUGUGAGACGUGUGGCGGUGGGGCCCCGUCCAGGAGCCAGGGGUCUUUGGACCUGGAGAGCGCAUCCAGAGAGACAGGCAAGCACCACCGGCGGCUAGAGCGCAUGUGGAGUGUGGACCGGAUGACUGGGUUGGAGAGAGAUGAAUCCAACUGGUUUCCCAAAGAAAACAUGUUCAGCUUUCAGACUGCCACCACAACGAUGCAGGCGAUCACGAACUUCCGGAAGCAUCUUCGGAUGGUGGGCAGUCGGCGGAUGAAAGCACAGACGUUCGCUGAGCGUAGAUCGAAGAGUUUCAACCGCUCCUGGAGUGACCCCACCCCUGUCAAGACUGACUCUGCUCAUGAGAACAAAGACAGUGGAGACUUGCAGGCGUCCAGUGGGAACGUGGACGAGGGUGGUCAGGAGGAGAGCCUGGACUGGGAGGAGGAGAAGGAGCAGGAGAGGCAGGCGUGUGAGGGGGACGACUUUGUACCACCCAAAAUUAUGCUGAUCUCAUCCAAGGUCCCCAAGGCGGAGUAUGUUCCCACUAUAAUCCGCAGGGAUGACCCUUCAAUCAUCCCCAUCCUCUAUGAUCAUGAACAUGCCACAUUUGAUGACAUUUUAGAGGAGAUAGAGAAGAAGCUCACAGCAUACAGACGGGGCAGCAAGUUCUGGAGAAUGCUCAUCUUUUGUCAGGGUGGUCCUGGUCAUCUGUACUUACUCAAGAAUAAAGUGGCUACAUUUGCCAAGGUUGAAAAAGAAGAGGACAUGAGCCAAUUCUGGAAAAGAUUAAGUCGCUUGAUGAGCAAGAUCAACCCUGAACCAAACCUCAUUCACAUCAUGGGCUGCUACGUCCUGGGGAACCCAAACGGAGAGAAGCUGUUCCAGAAACUGAAGAAUCUGAUGAGGCCUUAUUCAGUGGAGUUCGAGUCACCGCUGGAGCUGUCUGCGCAGGGCAAAGAGAUGAUCGAGCUGUACUUUGACUUCCGCCUGUACCGGCUGUGGAAGACGCGGCAGCACUCCAAGCUCUUAGACUAUGAAGACUUUUUGUGACCCAGAGGCCAUGGGGUUAUGGGCCCAUGCUAAGAAGCCACGACCACAACCACCUGCUCAACCUGAUCCAGUGACUGUCCACCCCAUUCACCACACAUUCAUUCACCGGAGACAAGCCAGAAGAAGACAGACAUUACCAGAGCUCUUUUUCCAGGCCAAGGCUCAAAUAAAGGGCAGACAAAAAUGACUGGAAUAUUGUGUUAUAAGUGUGUAUAAAAUCCCAUCUUAAAGUGCAUAUGACAGGUUAGAUAUUGCAGCAAAUCAUAGUUAACACAAUUAUAUUUAGAUUUUACUACAAAUCUUGUCUAGUUUUUAAUUAUUAUUUUUUUCUUUUAUAAGUUUAUCAUUUUACUUCCUGGUUGGAUAUGGGCAGCAGAUGUGACAUAGUGGUAAUUCCAUAACUGUUACCAAGCAACCAUAACCUUCACAAGGGGUGAAACUUGUCUAAUUUACACAGUAGUUAUGAUUAGACUGAUUAAAAUGAUGCUGUUGAUGACAUAAAUAGAGGUAUUUUGUACUUUCCUGUAUUUUUGUGCUUUUCUUUUCAAUGUUUGUUUUCCACUUGCAUAUUUACCACAGGUACAAUCCCACCAAACCAAGUAAUACCUAGAAAAACAUGAAAACCUGUGAUAUGCACUUUAAUUAUUAUUUUUGAGGCUAUUGUGCUUCAGAAAGUAUUGCCGCUUUCUUUAGCAUGGUUCUGUGUUUUGACCGGACCUUAUCAUAAUACAAGUCUAUGAAAAUUCAUUUCGUCAAUGUGUGUGAAUAUCUAGCAUAGCUUUAGUCAUGCUAAUAAUGAGAAUAUUAAAGCAUCAUUUAUUUUUAAGUACAUUGUUGUGCUGUUUCAUAUGGGAAUACUUUGAAAUAACUCAGGUUUUAGCCAUGAUGUAAUUACUCUGUUUGUCUAAUUAUCAAAAUAUUGUAACCAUCAGCGUCGCUUGGAACGAAUGUAAUCUCUAAAAACGUGUCUUUGUUUUUGAGAUGUUUUGGUAAAAUGUGCAAAAUGUGAAACUAAACUUGUUGUUAUGUGCGUGUGUGUGUGUGUCGCCAUGUUUAAAUACUAAUGUUUUGUGCGUGCUCCGUUUCCGCAGCAAAAUUAAUAUUCUCUCCGAUUACAUGAGCAAGUGGUGUGAUCCAUGAUGUCAAGUGGGAUGUAACAGCCAUCAAAAGGCACCUCGCUGGAGUCGCCCUUUUUCCCACAUCCUUUCCCAGCUGCUUGGCCCCAUGCUCUUGUCCCCCCUUAGCCAAACAAGCCUCCUCCACCUCUCAUUCCUCUGGGCAGGCAUCCAAACCAGAGGAGACUUUUGGGCAGAUUUAUCGGUGCUUGAAGCCAUUAGGACUGGCUCUGUAGGUCCCAGCUGGUUACAGGAGGGUGAAUAUGCAUCAGGUGUUUGUGGCCAUGAAUCCUGCCCAAAUGAAUAGUGCUGUCAUAAAUAUUUACAGAGCAGGUGAAAAUGCAGUUAAA